CUGCGCUCGGCGCGGCCCGGCAGGCGCUAGGACCGCGCGGCGGGCGGGCGGCGGGCGGCGCGGCUCGGUGCUGCAGUGGAGGCGGCGGCGCUGCGGGAGGAGGCCUCGCCGGGCAGCGCAGCGGCGGCGGCGGCUCGGCACGGCUCGGCACGGCGCGCCGGGCCCGCACCGGCCCAGGGGCAGGAGGAUCCAGGCAGGCGGCGGGACGCAGGGGCUGGCCGCUGCGGCGGGCGACGGCUCCCCGACCCCCUCCUCGGUGCAGAGAGCCGGAGCGCGGCGGCGGCGGCGGGGUCCGCUUUGGUGCUGAAGAGGCGACGGUCCCAGGCGCCCGCCCUCGCUCCCCACCAUGCCGUCCAGCGGGACCCUCGACGCCAGCAGCCCCGCGCCGGACCGCGAAGCGCUUGACACGCACAAGGGGGAAGAGGAGCCCGAGGAGAACCAGAGCAAGGAGGAGAAGCAGGAGCCGGGGACGCCCAUGAGGAAAGCCGGGCGGCCCGGGCGGAAGCGCAAGCAUGCCCAGGUGGAAAGCAGUGACACCCCCAAAGACAUCGCGGCCAUCCCCAAGUGCCCCCCGCCCUGCCCGGAGGCCAGCCCCGCCGAGCCGCUGCCCAACGGGGACGUGGAGGGGGACGGCGCCCAGUGGAAGGGCGCGGAGGAGGGCGGCGCGAGCCCCAAGGGCGGGCGCCCCGAGGAGGACGAGACGGAGAGCCUGCCGGACGGCGAGACGGGCCGGGCGCUGGAGAACGGCCGCUGCACCCCCAAGGAGGGCCUGGACGCCCCGGCCGAUGAGGGUGAGCUGGCCCCUUCCGACCCCCAGAAGAAACGCGGGAGGAGGAAACUCCUGGAGGCCGCAGAGAAAAGCAAGGAAGAGAAGGAGGAGAACAACUUCGACACCCUGAAAAUGGAGGGCUCCCGCGGGCGGCUGCGCGGCGGGCUGGGCUGGGAGUCGAGCCUGCGGCAGCGGCCCAUGCAGCGGCACACCUUCCAGGCCGGGGACCCCUACUACAUCAGCAAGAGGAAACGGGACGAGUGGCUGGCCCGCUGGAAGAGGGAGGCGGAGAAGAAGGCGAAGGUGAUCGCCGUGAUGAACGUGGUGGAGGAGACGCCGCGGGCCGAGCCCCAGAAGGAGGAGGAGGCCAGCCCCCCCGCUUCGCAGCAGCCCACCGACCCCGCCUCGCCCAACGUGGCCACCACGCCUGAGCCAGUGGUGGCCGACGCCAUCGACAAGAACGCCUCCAAGUCAGCCGACGACGAGCCCGAGUACGAGGACGGCCGGGGCUUCGGCAUCGGGGAGCUGGUGUGGGGCAAGCUGCGCGGCUUCUCCUGGUGGCCCGGCCGCAUCGUGUCCUGGUGGAUGACGGGCCGGAGCCGGGCGGCCGAGGGCACCCGCUGGGUGAUGUGGUUUGGGGACGGCAAGUUUUCGGUGGUCUGCGUGGAGAAGCUCCUGCCGCUCAGCUCCUUCGCCAGCGCCUUCCACCAGGCCACCUACAACAAGCAGCCCAUGUACCGCAAAGCCAUCUACGAGGUGCUGCAGGUGGCGAGCAGCAGAGCAGGGAAGAUCUUCCCAGCGUGCCCCGAGAACGAUGAGACGGACACCUCCAAGGUGGUGGAGAUCCAGAACAAGCAGAUGAUUGAGUGGGCCCUGGGUGGCUUCCAGCCCUCCGGCCCCAAGGGCCUGGAGCCCCCCGAAGAGGAGCGAAACCCCUACAAAGAAGUUUACACGGAGAUGUGGGUAGAGCCGGAAGCAGCUGCCUACGCACCGCCCCCACCCGCCAAAAAACCCAGGAAAAGCACAACAGAGAAGCCCAAGGUCAAGGAGAUCAUCGACGAGCGCACCCGAGAGCGGCUCGUUUACGAGGUCCGGCAGAAAUGCAGGAACAUCGAAGACAUCUGCAUCUCCUGCGGGAGCCUCAACGUGACCCUGGAGCACCCUCUAUUUAUCGGAGGAAUGUGCCAAAACUGCAAGAACUGCUUCUUGGAGUGCGCGUACCAGUACGACGACGACGGCUACCAGUCCUACUGCACCAUCUGCUGCGGCGGCCGCGAGGUGCUCAUGUGCGGCAACAACAACUGCUGCAGGUGCUUCUGUGUGGAGUGCGUGGACCUGCUGGUGGGCCCGGGGGCGGCGCAGGCGGCCAUCAAGGAGGACCCCUGGAACUGCUACAUGUGCGGCCACAAGGGCGUCUACGGGCUGCUGCGGCGGCGGGAGGACUGGCCCUCGCGCCUCCAGAUGUUCUUCGCCAACAACCACGACCAGGAGUUUGACCCACCCAAGGUGUACCCACCGGUGCCAGCUGAGAAGAGGAAGCCCAUCCGGGUGCUCUCGCUCUUCGACGGCAUCGCCACAGGCCUGCUGGUGCUGAAGGACCUGGGCAUCCAGGUGGACCGCUACAUCGCCUCCGAGGUGUGCGAGGACUCCAUCACCGUGGGCAUGGUGAGGCACCAGGGCAAGAUCAUGUACGUCGGGGACGUCCGAAAUGUCACCCAGAAGCACAUACAGGAGUGGGGGCCCUUCGACCUGGUGAUCGGGGGCAGCCCCUGCAACGACCUCUCCAUCGUCAACCCGGCCAGGAAGGGGCUCUACGAGGGCACCGGGCGGCUCUUCUUCGAGUUCUACCGCCUGCUGCACGAAGCCCGGCCCAAGGAGGGCGACGACCGGCCCUUCUUCUGGCUCUUCGAGAACGUGGUGGCCAUGGGGGUGAGCGACAAGAGGGACAUCUCACGCUUCCUGGAGUCCAACCCCGUCAUGAUUGAUGCCAAAGAAGUGUCUGCAGCGCACAGGGCACGGUACUUCUGGGGGAACCUUCCCGGGAUGAACAGGCCACUCGCGUCCACAGUCAACGAUAAGCUGGAGCUGCAGGAGUGCCUGGAGCACGGCAGGAUAGCAAAGUUCAGCAAAGUGCGAACUAUCACCACUCGCUCCAACUCCAUCAAGCAGGGCAAGGACCAGCAUUUCCCCGUCUUCAUGAACGAGAAGGAGGACAUCCUGUGGUGCACGGAGAUGGAGAGGGUCUUUGGCUUCCCGGUGCAUUACACAGACGUGUCCAACAUGAGCCGCCUGGCCCGGCAGAGACUGCUCGGCAGAUCCUGGAGCGUGCCGGUGAUCCGCCACCUCUUCGCUCCCCUGAAGGAAUACUUUGCCUGCGUUUAAGAGAGACAGACGGGAACUGGUGACACGGAGCGAGUCAGAAACAAAACCAAGGAAAGAGAAGUGAAAACACGGAAUGAGAGAAGAGUCAGCACCCAGAAGAGAGACGGGAUUUCGCAGCCCAACGGGAACCCGGCAUACGUCUCCCCGAGCAAAAGGGUUCGGUGUCCUCUCCUGAAUUUCCAAUGUUCAGCUUUUAGCCUAUUUAAAAAAAAAAACACAAAAAAAACCAACGAAAAUGACAAAAAAACCACAAAACAAAAACGAAACGAAAAAAAAAAGCAAAUGAAAAACCAAAA